AUGUUUGCUAUCAUUCCUGUCAACGGUUUGGUUAUAGCAAUCAUCAUUUCAGCGAAACAAAAAAGCUUCGAAAAUGUAUCCAAAGAUUUCAUGGACAAAAUUCACCUUUACAAUUUUUUAGGUCAGAUUUACAACAACUAUGAGAACAGACAUCUCGUCUUCAAUAGGACGCUGUCUUUGGAGACUGUUAUCUAUCCACUUCUACCAUAUGACUACCGUUAUAACUUCCAAAAUUGGCUCAUAGUGCACUUAACCAACGUCUACUUUGUUUGGACCGGAUGCAUUAUCAUUGUCAUCCACAAUUCUAUAAACUAUGCACUUUUUAAAGACAUCCAAGCAGCCUGUGGUUUUAACGUGACUACAAAUUACUUGUAUAAUUGGAUAGCAGACAGUUUGCUUUUGUACCAGUUAAUGAUGGCGGGCAAGGGAAAUUUGCCUUUGUACGGUCUAAUGAUAGUCGUGUACUUGGGAGGGUUGAUUGUGAUGUCGUUCGUGUUAGAAGGAAUACGUAGACAGAGUGACAAUCUUCCCCAGCUGGUUUACAAUUUGGACUGGGAGAACAUGUCGAUGUCUAAUAAAAAGAUGUUUCUGCUCCUCCUAAUGAGAACGCAGCCAGCUUUGGAGUUCAUAGCCGCUGGAAGAUUAAGGGCUGGAGUGCGACCGAUGCUUUCAGUAAGUGUCAAUUCUUUAUCUGUUUUCACGUCUUUAUCUCCAAAAGAGUAG